UAAGCUUUGGUGCAUACGCAGUGUUCGAGCUCCCGGCCAGAGAUAGUUGUGAAGUGAAUUCAACGUAAUCGUACCGAGGUGUUCUACCUUACCAAAACAUUUUGUGAACGUUUUGUUAAACGUGCUGCACAGUUUGCAUAAAAAGUGCCUCAAGGAUAACACACAAGGCGUGAGCAGCUGAAGAGAAUUUUGCUUUAUUCAAGGAGUCGAUUAAAAAGCGUCUACAAUGUUCCUGCCGGAAUCUCAAGCCGCAUUCAGAACGCUGCGCAAAGCACUUCCCCGCGUCAGGCUUUACUUCAUCAAUAAAAAUGCCUACUCCACUCAAGUGGAGUACAAGCCGAUACGAUCCGUGCUGGUCGCAAAUCGAGGCGAGAUAGCGAUACGUGUUUUUCGGGCAUGCACUGAACUUGGCAUCAAGUCUGUUGCGGUGUACUCGGAGCAGGACAAAAUGCACAUGCAUCGCCAGAAAGCCGACGAGUCAUAUAUGGUUGGCAAGGGACUUGCACCAGUAGAGGCAUACCUCAACAUUCCAGAGAUCAUUCGUGUCUGCAAGGAGAACGACAUUGAUGCAGUGCAUCCAGGCUAUGGCUUCCUCUCCGAGCGCAGCGAUUUCGCCCAAGCCGUCAUCGAUGCUGGUCUUCGAUUCAUUGGUCCCACACCCAAAGUGGUGCAAAAUAUGGGCGACAAAGUGGCGGCCCGCAUUGCCGCCAUUGAGGCUGGUGUUCCCAUUGUGCCGGGCACAGAUGGGCCAGUCACCACCAAGGAAGAUGCAUUGGCCUUCUGCCAAAAGCACGGCCUGCCAGUCAUCUUUAAGGCAGCAUACGGUGGUGGUGGUCGUGGAAUGCGUGUCGUCCGCAAAAUGGAGGAAGUCGAAGAGAAUUUCCAACGUGCCAGCUCCGAGGCGAAGGCAGCCUUUGGCAACGGUGCGAUGUUCAUUGAAAAAUUCAUUGAGCGACCCCGUCACAUUGAAGUCCAACUAUUGGGUGACAAAGCCGGAAAUGUUGUCCACUUAUAUGAGCGCGACUGUUCGGUGCAGCGUCGCCACCAAAAGGUCGUUGAGAUUGCACCCGCGCCACGCCUCCCCAUCGAAAUACGAGAUAAGAUGACUGAGGCUGCCGUGCGAUUAGCCAAGCAUGUGGGAUAUGAAAAUGCCGGCACUGUCGAAUUCUUGUGCGACGAAUCUGGUAACUUCUACUUCAUUGAAGUGAACGCUAGAUUGCAGGUGGAGCAUACGGUAACGGAGGAGAUAACAGGCAUUGAUUUGGUUCAAUCCCAAAUACGCGUUGCCGAAGGAAUGACUCUCAAGGAGUUGGGACUGACCCAAGAAAACAUUCAGCCCCGUGGCUUUGCCAUUCAGUGUCGCGUGACCACAGAGGAUCCUGCUAACGAUUUCCAGCCAAAUACGGGACGCCUUGAGGUAUUCCGUUCUGGAGAAGGCAUGGGCAUACGUCUAGACAGUGCCUCGACCUAUGCAGGAGCUAUAAUCUCCCCGUACUAUGACUCUCUCCUGGUCAAGGUGAUAUCUCAUGCAAGCGAUCUGCAAAGUUCUGCAUCGAAAAUGAAUCGUGCACUUCGGGAAUUCCGUAUCCGUGGUGUGAAGACGAAUAUUCCUUUCCUCCUUAAUGUGCUCGAAAACCAAAAGUUCCUGCAUGGUGUCCUGGAUACCUACUUCAUCGAUGAGCAUCCGCAGCUCUUCAAAUUCUCAACCACACAGAAUCGUGCCCAGAAACUCCUCAACUACCUGGGUGAAGUCCUGGUCAAUGGACCACAGACGCCACUUGCUACAACGCUUAAGCCAUCUGAGGUGAAUCCACAUGUGCCCACGGUGCCUCUGGACCUGUCCCCGGAAGCGUUAGAACGUGAAAAAAACGGCGGGGCAAAAGUCACGGAACCGCCACAAGGUCUACGCGAAAUCAUUGUGCGUCAGGGGCCCGAGGCUUUUGCCAAGGAGGUCCGCUCACGCAAGAAUUUAAUGCUGAUGGACACCACUUUCCGGGAUGCACAUCAGUCACUGAUGGCGACGCGAGUUCGCACACAUGAUCUGCUGAAGAUUUCACCCUAUGUGGCGCACAAGUUUAACAAUCUAUACUCUCUGGAAAACUGGGGUGGUGCCACAUUUGAUGUAGCCCUGCGCUUCCUGCACGAAUGCCCUUGGGAACGUUUGGAGGAGAUGCGCAAACGUAUUCCCAAUAUACCAUUCCAAAUGUUACUGCGCGGUGCCAAUGCCGUUGGCUACACCAGCUACCCGGACAACGUGGUCUACAAAUUCUGUGAACUGGCGGUGCAAACUGGCAUGGAUAUCUUCCGAGUUUUUGACUCACUCAAUUACUUGCCGAACUUAAUUCUCGGCAUGGAGGCAGCGGGUAAGGCUGGUGGAGUUGUGGAAGCGGCUAUCUCCUACACAGGCGAUGUGAGUGAUCCCACUCGAACCAAAUACGAUCUUAAGUACUAUACCAACUUAGCCGAUGAGCUUGUCAAGGCUGGAACCCAUGUGCUCUGCAUCAAGGACAUGGCGGGUCUGCUGAAACCAGAGGCUGCUAGACUGCUGAUUACUGCCAUUCGAGACAAGCAUCCUGACGUCCCAAUUCAUGUUCACACUCACGACACGUCGGGCGCCGGAGUUGCCUCCAUGCUAGCAUGUGCACAGGCUGGUGCAGAUGUUGUCGACGUUGCUGUAGACUCCAUGUCUGGAAUGACCUCUCAGCCAAGCAUGGGUGCUGUAGUCGCCUCAUUGCAGGGUACUCCUUUGGACACACAACUGGAUUUGCUUGAUAUUUCCGAGUAUUCAGCAUACUGGGAACAGACCCGCACCCUUUACGGACCAUUCGAGUGUACGACGACGAUGCGAUCGGGCAAUGCGGAUGUUUAUUUGAACGAAAUACCCGGUGGCCAGUACACCAAUUUACAAUUUCAAUCGUUCUCUUUGGGCCUGGGCGACAUGUUUGAGGAUGUAAAGAAAGCAUACCGCGAAGCCAAUUUGGUACUGGGUGACAUUAUAAAGGUCACUCCAUCGUCUAAGGUUGUUGGUGAUUUGGCUCAGUUCAUGGUACAGAACAGUCUGAAUGGCCAACAGGUGGUGGAGAAAGCUGAGGAGCUUUCGUUCCCCCAAUCGGUGAUUGAGUACCUGCAAGGCUACAUCGGUAUUCCACAUGGCGGCUUCCCAGAACCAUUCCGGUCGCGUGUUCUUAAGGACACGCCACGCAUUGAGGGACGACCGGGUGCUGAGAUGGCCCCAUUGGACUUUGACAAGCUGAAAAAGGACCUCCGCGAAUCUCAUGGUUACGUCAGCGAUCGCGAUGUCGUUUCCGCCGCUUUGUAUCCGCAAGUGACAAACGAAUUUCUGCAUUAUCGAGAGCAGUACGGCCCCGUGGAUAAGCUUGACACUCGCAUCUUCCUUACCGGCCCCAAGGUAGGUGAAGAGUUUGAUGUCACCCUUGAGCGAGGCAAGACUCUCAGUCUUAAGGCUCUGGCAAUGGCCGAUGAUCUCAAAUCCAAUGGUAAACGCGAGGUGUUCUUUGAAAUGAACGGUCAACUACGCUCCGUCUACAUUCCCGAUAAGGAGGCAAUGAAGGAAAUUCGAGUUCACCCUAAGGCUGAUAAGAUGGUUACCGGUGAAGUAGGUGCUCCAAUGCCUGGGGAUGUUAUCGAAGUCCGCGUCACCAUUGGCGAUAAGGUCGAAAAGGGUCAGCCGCUUGUUGUCCUCUCAGCCAUGAAAAUGGAGAUGGUCGUGCAGGCGCCUCAAUCUGGCGUUGUCAAGAAAGUGGAGGUUAAGAAGGGCAUGAAGUUGGACGGCGAGGACUUGAUACUGAUCAUUGAAUAAACUAAACGUCCAAUUGUUUUAUAUCUAUGUGUGGAGCGUGUUGACAAUCCUGCUCGUUCUGCCUGUAAAUUUCGAUUGCCGUAUAGCAUUAAGUCCAUUUUUAAUUGUUUGUAUUUAUGCUUACAUAAGUUCUUGUGUAUAUACGUGUGUAUAUGUUUAUUGGGGCGGCACUACUUUUUCAACAAGUUUACAAACUUGUCAAGAGAUUUGGAGAGUCACGUUCAGGAAAAAAUUGUUGUUUAACAUAAAUGCACAAUUUGUAGUUGAAAAGCCUUUGCCAAAUUUUUAUAUCAAUGUUACAAUUUCAUCACCAAUAGAAAUGUGAAUUUAAAACGAAUCAUUCUAAAUAAAUGUUUUAUAAAGAUAA